UUACAGCCUUAAAAUAUUAGGACCUUAACAACAGUGUGCAGUGUUAUUUGUAAGUUAAAAAGUUGCUUUCCUUUAGUCAUCCUUUUGCUGAAAGAAUUUUUUUUUUUUAUAAAAACACACAAUACAAACUGGAGUUAAAAACUGACACUUUUUCAUGGUCACUAGAGACUUCCUUGUGUUCCCUGCUAAUCUCUAAGAACACAUGCUAGGCCUAACAUCCUUGUGUUUAUGUAGUGGGAGGAGGAGCUAUUUCUGUUACGUAGCUGUGCAUAGGUAAUAUAAUAUUUUUCGUCUUAUUUGUCAGUUGAAGUUCUGCCUUAGCUCUGGUCUCAUCUUGAACAUUAUCAGAAAACCAAUGCAACUUCAAGAGAAAUGCUGUGAGCAGAAGAAAAUACACAGUAAGCAGGACAGGGCUCUGCCAGAUCAUGGAACAACUCAGCUACACCGCAAGUAUCUACACAUUGUCAUCCAGCUGCAUGAAGAUCUGCGUGGCCAGAUCAAACUCAACACAGAUCUCUCUGAACUCCUUCCCAUCAUCACAAACUUUAUUCCAUUUAUCUUCUCCAGCAUGAUGCUUAAGCAACUUCAAAGAAUAAGUGUGGUUGUGAAUUUGAAAAGAAUGGAAAAGCUGCAGCUGCAGUGUGUACAUAAUAUACUGUAUAUACUGAAAUCUGAUAAGUGAACUCAUAGCAUUGUCAUGUCUUGUUUUGUUUUUUUAAGGAUGGAUGAUCCAUUUGAAUCGAAUUCAAAUAUUUGUGAAAUCAAAAAAGCACUGCAAAACAAUGAUUUUGCUACUGCAGCUGCAAAGAUCCAGGAAUAUUUGGAUGAACAGGACAACAUUGCACUAAAUAUAGCCAUCACAGGAGAGUCCGGCUCUGGUAAAUCCACCUUUGUUAAUGCCAUUAGAGGUGUAGACAACAAAGACAAAGAAGCUGCUCCUACUGGUUGUGUAGAAACCACCAAGGCGGUUACACCGUACCCUCAUCCAAACUAUCCCAAUGUUACGGUUUGGGAUCUCCCUGGUGUUGGUACCACCAAUUUUCCAGUGAAGAAGUACUUGGAGCAUGUUGGGUUUGAGAAGUAUGACUUCUUCAUCAUCAUCUCACAAACACGUUUCAGCGAAAAUGAUGCGAAUCUGGCUAAGAAGAUUAAGCAGAUGGAAAAAAACUUCUACUUUGUUCGCUCAAAGAUUGAUGCUGAUUUAUAUUCCGAAAAAGAGAGCAAGAGGGAAUUCAAUGAAAAGCAAACGCUUGACAGUAUAAAAAAAAACUGCACUGAAGGUCUCCAAAAACUUGGUGUUGCGGCUCCACAGGUCUUCCUGGUGUCCAACUUUAAGCUUCACCAGUUUGAUUUCCACCUCUUACAAAACACACUACAGAGAGAACUUCCUGCACACAAGAAGACUACUCUGCUGUUUGCUAUGCCCAACGUCAGCCAGGAGAUCAUCAACAAGAAGAAAGAAGCUUUUCAUAACAACAUCAAAUAUUAUGCUAUGAUAUCUGCAGUUGGAGCAGCUAUAACAGUUCCAGGCUUGUCUGUUUCUGUUAAUCUAGCUCUGCUAAUUCAAGUUGUCCGUAAAUAUUUAGUUGGGUUUGGUUUAGACAAGCCAACUUUGCAGAGACUUGCUGCCAGAACAGGUGUACCAAUGAGUAAGCUGACCGAUGGGCUUCGGUCACCACUGGUUGCCAAAACAAUUAAUAAUGGGCUGAUGCUGAAAGUGUUGAGCCAGCUACCAACCAUAACUGCAUUAAUGAUUGCAGAGGAGGGGUCCAAAGCUAUUCCAAUAUUUGGUAUUGGGAUAUCAAUGACCCUUUCGUCUUUCAUGACUUACAAAGCUCUUAGCUUUUUUCUGGAUAUGUUAGCUAAAGAUGCACAGACGGUGUUUACAAGGGCCCUGGGUUUGAACACCCCAGUGUAAUUAUGGAAUAUGAUAUGUGUCUAUGACUAAUAACUGGU